UUAUCGGGCGAGAUCGGUUAGCCAGUUGGUAAACUAAAGCAAACAUCAAAAAAACAGAUCUGAAAUCAAAUUUAUACAUACUUGUUGAAUUUAAGUGGUACUUAUGAGCCUGCCAAGAUGAUAGAGAACCUUAACGAUGAUUGCCAACUGCUCAUUGUAAACUAUUUGGAGCUUAGGGACCAACUGGCGCUGUGGGAGGCAACUGAAGACAUCGCGCCCCGAUUGAACAGUAAUGUGAGCUAUGCCUGGCAACACAAAUUGAGCUAUGUGCUAAAGAAACACACACUCGACGAGUUUGAGGAGCAUCCAAAACACUUAGAGGCAUUCCUGUCCGCCAUUAGUCCAAGCGUUCAGCAGCUGGACCUGCAAUAUAUAACGCUGAGGCAGUUGAAACUUUGGGUGGGGCACAGGUUUCCGAGAACGCGAGUGCUGGCUUAUACGCUGGAUGAGUAUGAUGAAUUGACCAACGCUGAGAGAGCAUUGGAGCUCUUAGUAGUGCUUUUUCCAGAAUUAAACUCUGUCAAGCCGUUUGGGCCGUUUAAGGGCAGAAUAAUUGCCAAAUGGACGCAGUUGCGGCAACUGGACUUAAGCGAAAGUUGGCCAAUUGAUGAAAGUGUAUCGAUGUGCAAAUUUCAGAAACUGGAACAGCUAACAAUUGAUUGUGAUUUUAUAAAUAAUAUUUCCACUGAGAGCAUACUUUGUUUGCCCAAGCUUCGAACGCUUUGCUUCCAUCCUGGAGAUAAAAGUAAUGAAGUUCUUGGUCAAAUUAUACAGCACCGUGGCCUGGACAUACAUGAGCUUAUCUUUCACGAUAUCAUCUGGGAUUGUGCGCUGGCAACACUCCAACAGGUCAAGAACUUGCGACAGUUAACGCUAAUCGAAGAUGAUGGCUUUAAAGUGGCUCAACUGCAAUCUCUGGUCUCUGCACUGCCAUUAUUGGAGCAAUUGAAUCUGAUCAAUUUUCAAUUUUGGCGCACAGAGACUGAGCUCUGGCAAACAGUCGCCAAUUGCAGCUCGCUGAGAAUAUUAAAUAUAUCGGGCAUGCAGCUAUAUUCUGAAUUCUUUGACUUUAGCAGGCGUCCCAUGGAGGAUGUGUUGAGGAAGCGCCCUGAACCGUUGACAUUAAACUGCCAUAACACCGGCGACAACGAGCAUUUGAUUCGUCAACGUUUCGCACACUCCAAUUUAAUACUUUCUUUUGAGCAGUUAAAUGUGGAUUAUAUUGAUAACGGCUACGUUAAAAUACGGCUUGUGCCUUUGGUGCCGUCAAAUAGUUGAAGCCAAAGAGUUGUUUAAAUAAAUUGUUUUAUUUGUUUUUUGACAAACGGGAAAGGGGGAAGAAUAUAGCACAGGUAAAAAAAAAAUAUCAAAUUAACAUUA